AUGUGCGCGGAAGCCCUUCUCUCCAGCUGGAUCAUCCAUUUUAGAGCGCCUGACCACAUCAUGAUGGACUGCAGGGCCACCUUUCUGUCAGAUUUGUGGGCUGCCCUGGCUCUCUUAAUGGGGACUUCGCACCACAGAACCACUACCUAUAACCCCACAGCCUCCCUGAUGGCACGCUACUCCGGUGACAACUGGGAGAUGCAGCUACCUUGGGUCCUCCUCAGCCUCCGCACCGCCCCAAGGGCCAACGAUGAAACAUCACCCGCAGAGAAAGUCUACGGGGAAACCUUGACUUUCUCUGAUAGGUCAUUUUUGGCCCAAGGCCUUAGCCACAAGCAAAAACGUCUUUGUCUGCGCCACAACACACACCGACCGCCCCCAUGCCAUGGUCCUUUCUGCAUCCUCCACCACUCAGAAAAGGCCUACCUCCUGCAUAUCAGUGGCUGCGAGGAUUGGGUCUCCAUUGGCAGGAUGAAGCCAGCCUUCCUGACAGAGGAGGAUACUGCUGAAGAUGAACCCGGCAACUGGCCCAAAGUGCCACCGCAGAACCUGUUUUCCCCUGAGCCCCCAAACUAUACCAAGGGCACUGCAACCCUCCUAAGAUAG